GUUUGAUCAGCCGGUUGCUUUUAAGACCUGCAUAUUUCGUUCGACUUUAUAUCUCAUUUUAAACUCAGCCAUCAAAGUGUAAGGUAUGAUAAAACAUGAUGUCAUCUAAGACUCAGCUGCCUCUUGUCCCCGCUAAAGUGCCAGUAAGUCAGGUGAUUCGCACUCUUCUCUUCUGCCUACUGGUGUUUUUCGGCCUUGCUAAGCUCGUGUCCAUUCCGCUGCGCACCGAUGACUUUGACAGCUUCAGAUUAAAUCCCACCCAAGAUGACCAGUCAGGGGUCAAGGAUUUGGAAAACCCGAGUGAAGCCGCUGAGCCCCAGUAAUCAUCAAUUGCAAUUGUUGUUUUGUGGGAGUCCAAUUGCACCUUAUGAGGAUCUCCAGUGCCGUUCCAAUUCAAUUUACAAUUGCAAUUAAACGCAGUUUUACAGCCUUCUUGCUUAUCAUCGUAGCCGGCUGAGCAGACUCAACUGCAUUCUGGAUGCCCGACUUGCGUGGAGAGAAUAGCGAUUCAUAGCACAUAUUUUAUCUACAAAUGUUCUAAUAUUAGACACAUUGCCAACCUAAAUUGUUCUCGGGCACUGCAGCUGCCAAUUGAAAAAUUAGUAGUUCAACAAAAAAGAAAAUUACAUAAUCACAUAGUUCAGCAACACGAAUAUGAACGUGUGUAUGACUCCCCCUGUCCAGCAACCUA